AUGAAGAACGAGACGAGCAAUGGCGGCGGUACACUGGGCUCUACCCCGAACGACCUGUCUACAAAUCAGAAAUAUGGCAAUCAUUUCAAUUGGACUGCGGAACAUCACAAGAAAGUCCAAAAACUCCGGAAAGCAGGCGCGUUGGUGACGAUCCGUGGAGAGAACCUCACGCCUGCUGAUCUAGUUGCUGUCUCUUGCCACGGAGCAAAAUCUGAGAUGAUAGCGGAAGAACAAGUCUUGAGACAGAUCGACGCCAGUGUGGAUUUCUUGAACAAUCUGCUGGAACAAGGCAGGCCAGUCUACGGCAUCAGCACAGGAUUUGGAGGCUCUGCCGAUACGAGGACCUCCAGUUUCGUGAACCUGCAGAAAGCCUUGUUGCAGCACCACCACUCUGGAAUCAUCCUGCCGACAGACACGGAACAACGGAAUUGCGAAAAGUCAGAUCUACUCCUCUCGUUGAAGGCACACAGUCUUCCGAGGACAAUGGUACGGGGCGCAAUGCUUGCUCGGUGCAACUCUUUGAUGAAAGGCCAUUCUGCUGUCCGUCGAGAUGUAAUCGGCGCAUUGUUGAAGCUCCUGAAUCUGGACUUCAUUCCCGUCGUUCCGCUGCGUGGAUCCAUUUCUGCAUCAGGAGAUCUCACUCCGCUGUCAUACAUCGCGGGCGCACUGGAGGGAAAUCCUGGUAUCUAUGUCGAUUGUCAGUUGGAGAAGGGCAGGCAGAUUCUGCCUUCGGACCAGGCGCUGCAGCGAGCGCGGAUUGAGCCAAUUACUCUCGGCCCCAAGGAAGGUCUCGGUAUCAUGAACGGCACGACGGUCAGCUGUGCAGCUGCUACGCUUGGACUACAUGAAACUCAGUAUUUGGCACUCUUGACACAGGCUUUGACUGGCAUGUGUACCGAAGCGCUGCGUGGAUCAGCGGACAACUACCACCCUUUUAUCGCAGAGACUAGGCCACAUCCAGGUCACAUCGAGGCGGCAGCAAACAUGAGUCGCUUCCUGGAGGGAUCGAAACUAGCUGGAUCUCAUCAUUCAGGCUCCCGUGCCGACGGUCUUUAUCAAGAUCGGUACGCCCUGCGUACGGCCGGCCAGUGGCUCGCACCUCAGCUCGAGGAUCUCUGCCUUGCUGCCCAGCAGCUCGAAGUUGAGCUCAAUUCCACCACUGAUAACCCACUCAUUGAUCCAAAUGGCCAGCGAGUCCACCACGGCGGCAAUUUCCAGGCGACUUCGGUCACUUCCGCCACGGAAAAGACGCGCCUUUGCCUUCAAAUGUUCGGCAAGCUCCUGUUUGCCCAAAACUCCGAGCUCAUCAAUCCCACGCUGAACGGCAGUCUAUCGCCGAAUCUCUGCUUCGACGAUCCCAGUGUGUCAUUCACUUUCAAGGGCGUGGACAUCAACAUGGCUUCAUACAUGUCCGAGCUGGCCUUUCUCGCAAACCCAGUAAGCUCGCAUGUCCAGCCGGCUGAAAUGAGCAACCAAGCGGUCAACUCACUGGCCCUCAUCAGCGCUCGAUAUACGAUGGAUGCCGUUGAGAUUGUCAGUCUCAUGUGCGCUGCGCAUUUGUAUUCCGUCUGCCAAGCGCUGGAUCUGCAAGUCAUGCGGUUGCAGUACCUGCAGCGCAUUCGCGAAAGUCUCAAAUGUACGACGUUGGCCGAGUUGUUUCCAGGGCACGACUACAUGGAGCUUGUUAUGGAAGCCAUCGACAAGGGCUUAUCUGCUCACAAGACCAAAGACCUGGAAGACCAGGCGCGAGCUACGGCAGAUUCAGUGAUGGCAGUCAUCCUCUCCAAGGCCUCGGAACUCGAGGUUGUCGCUGGCACCACAUCCGAGUUGACGAUGAGCACUCUCGCGGCCUUCUCCAACGACUGCAAAACUACCAUCUUGAGCUGCAUUUCCUCCGUGCGCGAAACCUUCCCGCCCCAUGCUACAGAGACGACGGCGCGGUAUCUUAGCAACGGCGGCAAGAAGUUGUACAGGUUCGUAAGGAAUGAUCUGGGUGUGCGGUUACAUCUCGGACUUGUCGAGCAUGCGACGUACUCUGAUCCGAAUGCCCGUGGACCACGAAUCAAGACGCAAGACAAGAAGACGAUCGGAGAGUGGAUUGGGAUUAUCUAUUGCGCCAUUCGCGAUGGAAGGAUUCAUGAUGUUCUGGUGAAGAGUCUACUCUAA